GGGACUUCCAAGGUCACCUGUCAUGAAGUCGUAUCGCCUUUUGAUUCAUAAAACCAGCACACCCACAUCGUCAGCAGAGGAAGAAGUGGUUGUAAAUCCUGACGACUUUUCUGUUGGGCAAGUUUUGGAGAUUUUCCAUCCAGACGAUGAAAACAGUCAUUUUAUUGUGCAAGUGUCUGCAGCCAAGACUGAAACGAAAGUUGGUCAGAUUGGAGUGUCUCAGAAGAUUGCAAGUGUAUUUCGAUUGAAACACCAAAGAGACAUUAAUGUUCAAUGUGCAGACUUGAAGGAAGUGACACUUGAGCUUAUUGAACUGGAAAUGAAGGACCAGUAUAUUGAUAGAAGUGACAUGUUACGUGUCAAACAAAAUUUGCAAGAGAAAUGUGUUUAUUCAACAAAGAAGGUUGAGUUUUCUGGAAUACGAGUGCGAGUGGUGAGUUUAUGGACGAAACAACAAAGUGUUAUGUCUGGUUAUGUUGGUUGCGAUACAAAGAUUGUGUUUCGAUCUUCUUCUUGCAUUUUCUACAUAUUUGUUCAAAUGAGUUGUGAAAUGUGGGAAUUUGAUCCUUAUGGUGAUCUGUACUUUGAGAGAGCUGUUGGUUUCUUGCAAGAAUUAUUUGAACGAUGGAAAGUACAGGAAUGUAGUCAUGAAGUAACAUUGAUUUUGUUUUCAAGAACAUUCUAUGGAGGAGCUUUACCAGAUGACUUUUGUCCAUCUGUACGUGAUGCUAUUCAAGUGAACUCUACUGGACAAUGCUAUCAAGACUUUUACAAGGUUGUUGCUCUUAGUAAAACGUUUACAGAUUUUAGUCCACUGCUUAUCAAUUUGAAGCGAUGCUUUUCACACUAUUUGACGUGGGUUGAUUGCUGCCAAAACAGUGAUGAUGCAACUGUGAGCUCCCCCAAAGGACGGUUAUCGGUAGCAUCUAAUGGGAAUGUACUAGAGGCACUAAAUCUUGCACUGAAUUCAUUUGAUCAUCAACAUCUCGAUCAACAGUUUGACAAGGCCGGACAGGAGGUGGUGCUUGUCACUCCAGGUGUUGGACUCUUUGAGGUCAGUCGCCCUCUCACUAAUAUUUCAAAGAAGCGAACGUUGGACAGUGGUCUAGGAAUAGACUUGGUCUGUCUUUCUGCUCAGCCUCUCCAUGCAGCUCCACUGCUUAUGUUCAACGAUGGUCAAACAGACAGCAAAGAUUUUCACAUUCCUGAUUGGAUCAACUGUAGUUUUCAUACUUCUGAAGCCCAAGCAACAAGAAAUAGGCAGGGGAAGUUUAUUCCACAGAUCUCCAUGCCUGACUUUGGGAAAACCUUUGCUCUGAAGAGCAAGCGUCCGUGUGCACUUGAUCUGUCUUCGACUGAUUUUGAGGAACCAAAGACUGUAAGGACAUCUUCAUUUACUGAAGAGGACAAGCUACAGCGUGUAGACUAUGAUGCUUAUGAUGCCUUGGUAUUUAAUGUUCACGCGAGAGCACAGCGUCGAGUUUCUCGUUUACAUUCAUCAAAUGUUGAUACUGCACGCAGAAAUCUGGACACACUAGAUUUGGUUGGUUUGUCCAGUGGCAAGUAUAGGUCUAUACUGGCCACAUCAACACCAGCUGGAGCAGUCAAUGAUGAACAGCUACCCAGACAGAACUCUUUUGACUUGAGGAUGGAAACCAAUGCUACUCAACAUUCAAGAACAAACCGAUUAGUGGGUGAACUAGAACUUGCUAAAGGGAGUUUGAGGGAGAGUUCUGCUUCAUUUGAAGGUGUUCAGUCACCACACGUCUUUAAACACCAUGUUGUUGGCUUUCGUGGAAGUCGGCCUCUAGUCAAUCCAUUUGCUCCAUCGCAACAAUCUUUAUUAUUUGUAACUCAUCACAGUCGCUGGAGCCACACAUUCAGACAUGAUGUCACAGGACAGUGCAUUCAAGACCAUCAUAUGGUUCAGGAGGAGCCUCAUCAAGUAGUAAAAGACGAAGAAAGAGAUGUACAUAUUCCUCUAGAGAAAGAUGUUCAAAUGAAUCCAGCAGUUCUCUCUGCUGCGAAAGAAGCAGUAGCUGCCAGGUUAAAAGAACAAGCCAACUUGGAGCUGGUCGACAUUGAUGAGUUAGAGAAUGCUACAGCUUCGGAUUCAUCUAGCACUGAGGUAACAUACAAGAAUGCAUCACAAGGUUCUGAUCCUGGUCAGUCAUUGUGGCAAUUUUUUACACCUCCUACAAGUCCAACAAAAUAUCAACGACCUUUCAUUGGUCACAGUGUGGUUAGAGAUGUAGCAGUGAUUCCGGCAUCAAAGUGGACACUUGAACUUAUCGGAAUGGACUGGAAAUCUAUAGAGAUACCAGCAUGUCUUCCACUCACUACAGACUUCUUUCCAAACAACUUGAAGAACGAGUAUUAUGAGCACCAUUACGCACUGUUUGCUGAUGACAGUGGAGCAAUUUCAGACAAACAAGCAUUGAGUUGUGAGGAAAUUUAUCAUGAAGUGAUUUCUCAACGACUGUGUAAGGGCUAUCAAAUGAUAAUUUUAAACUCGGCAGAAAAAUGCCAAAUGCAGACUGCAUCUCGAUCGUUGUUUCGCAGUCCUGCCCAGCAGGAAAUGUACUUGACGACAGGAAAGAGUCAUCAUCUUGUGAAAAUUAACAACUCUCAAGUCGAAGUCACAAUCUUUAAACCAAAACACCAGCAGUCGAAUCACACAGUGCAGUAUCAGUAUAAGCUAUGGGAACAUUGCGAUAACAAUUAUCAAGUUACAUCUGCUACGUUCCAUAAGGGCAUGACUGAUGAUUUUAACUGGAACUAUCUUGAUCACUACGUGUGUGGUAACUCUGACUUUAAGGAGCUGGUUGAGUCUCUGAAGUACAGCAAGAGUCGAUACCUCCUUCUGCCUGUAGUGAUGGAUAUGAAGGUCGACUUUCAAGACUUUCAAGAAGUGAUGAAUGGUCGGAUUAGAAAAUUGGUCCAAUUCUUAGAAACUCUACACAAGCUUAGGCGGCCACUCUCAUUAGGACAGUCAAAGGGUCAUCCUCGCCACUUGAGUGUCCCAACUGAUGCUCAGCUAACUGCCCAGGAGCGCCGACUUAAGAAAGCUGCUUCUAUUGGAGAAGGAACCUCGACUGUUGCUAAACCGAACAGGCACCAUUCACUGAAACCACAGGAAUCAGUUGUAGAGGAAUGUGUGUUGAGUAAUGACAAUGGCGACAAUAAGGACGACAUAGAUUCUUCUCAAGACAUUAGACUUCAGGAGAAUUCACGUCUGGAAGAAAUAGUUUCGGCAAUGAAAGACCCAAUGAGUGGUGUGGAGGUGCUGAGUAGUGCAAGUGGGCGCCUAAAAGACUGCUUUCUUGGAUUUGAUGUUGUAACAUGGUUAAUGUGCAAUGUGUCUGGCCUGGAUACACGAGAAAAAGCCAUCGGAUUGGCACAGAAAAUGGUACAAAAUCGUUUCCUCAUUCAUGCUUCAGGAGACAGCAGUUGUGGAAUUGUCGACGGAUUCUACCUCUUUCAAUUUGGAAAGCAAUGUUCCAAUGAUGACGUCAUUGAUGCAACGUAUAAGGAAAGGUGGAUGGAGGUAAGUAUGGAGCGUUUACAAGUGGCGUCUCACGGAUUAGGACAGGCAGUGUUUCGGCAUCCAUUGAUGAGCACUCCCACACCUAGUACUCCGCCAACUCCACAGGGCAUAUUCUCAACGUCUACUAUUUCGCUCUCACUGAAAGCAAAUGAAUGCGACUCUGGUCCUAGAAAGAUAGUAAAAGUGAAUGUCGAUCCUCAAGGCAGAAGCGAUCGUCCGGAGUGGUGUUCCGUAUGCUAUGAUAGCACUUACUCUCCCGCUCAUGCCUUUUGUCUCGAAUUUCAAUGGCUCAUGGCUACAACGUCACUCGUAAACGACAUGAUUGCUUCGUGGGCUAGACGUGCGUCUCAAAACGGAUUUCACCUUGUGCCGGCUCCCUCUCAUCCAAUGAGUCGUCCUCAUCUGACGAGGGGUAAUCCAUUUCGAAUGCCGGUGUUUCUGCCUUUGGAGCUGAUGUCACCGUCAGUCAACUGGUAUCUCAGGAAAGGUGGCUUUGCUAGACAUCAACUGUUUUUGUUACAAGAAAUGAUUCUUGCCAGGUUUAAUUUUUUGGUUGAUCGUCCUGCGGGCACCAAAGCUCAGGUGAGUGAGUCUACCCUGUCUGGAGCAUACAGUACGACUUAUGUCCACGAGAGUGGCUCGGUGUUUGUUCAAAUUGCCAACCCGAAUCCGUCUCGGGAGAGUUCUCGUAGUAGAAGCGGAAGUCCUGGAAAAGGAGCUCGACCUUCUCUAGAUUUGAGUUUGGCAAAAGUGAUAAGCUUUGAAAAGCCAGGGUUUCAUUGGAGCCCAAAUCAUCUUAUCUUUAAAAGGUGGAGGUCACCUGCUGCAGGUGAGGUGGAAAUAGCGGACAAACUGUGGCAAGAUAUGAGUUGCUUCUGUCAAAAUCGUGACAGCUCGUUAGACUUGUUCUUGGUGCAAGUUGGAUGUAUUGACUCGACUGAGUAAGAUUCUUUAUGAAUUGUUGGUAGUUUUCUGCCUUUAAAUGUACAUAUGCUCACGCGUUUAAUAUCUCAUACUGCAUUCCAAUACAUGGGCAACUCGUAUGCAUAUACUUUAGCAAGUUUUCUGUGCAAAGUUAGUCUUGUGGAUGUAUCAUUAGCCCAAGAUUUGUCAUACAGCUCAGCUAUGACAUUUA